CACACACACACACACACACACACACGCACACAUGCACACACACACUGUCAGAGGAGGAGCAACAUACAGUUACUUUCUCCUUGUCUCCAGUUUGUCCAGAGGUGACAGUAACAUGGAGCAUAUGAAGAGUGCUCAUUCACAUCAUUGCAUACAUGUAAGGUGAGAUUCUACAGCAAACUUUGAAGCCCGAAUGAUCAGUGACCACAUCCGAGAGCGGAGACAAUGGAGACUGUGAAUACCAGCAGCGGAGGAGACGCCGGCCUCUCCUCUGCCCAACCUUACACCACCGUAGAGAUUGUACUCAUCAUUCUGGUGGCAGGAUCCCUCAGUCUGAUCACCGUCAUUGGAAAUAUCCUGGUGAUGCUCUCUAUAAAGGUAAACAGGAACCUGCAGACCGUCAACAACUACUUCCUGUUCAGUCUGGCCUGUGCGGACCUCAUUAUUGGCGUCGGCUCAAUGAACCUGUACACUGUCUAUAUCGUGAUUGGCUACUGGCCCUUGGGAGCGGUUGUCUGUGACCUCUGGCUGGCGGUGGACUACGUGGUCAGCAACGCCUCAGUCAUGAACCUCCUGAUCAUCAGCUUCGAUCGUUACUUCUGCGUCACCAAACCUCUGAGCUACCCCGCGCGCCGUAGCACUAAGAUGGCCGGUCUGAUGAUCGCCGUCGCCUGGGUGCUGUCCUUUAUCCUGUGGGCCCCGGCUAUUUUGUUCUGGCAGUUCAUUGUAGGUGUUAGAACCGUGCCGCCAGACCAAUGCUACAUCCAGUUCUUCUCCAACCCGGCGGUUACGUUUGGCACGGCCAUCGCGGCCUUCUACCUACCUGUGGCCAUCAUGAUCUAUCUCUACUGGCGCAUCUCCAGGGCCAGCCGUAGCCGCAUGCAGAGGGACAGCAGGAAGACAUCCGGAACUAGUAUUGUUGAAGCUCACUCCCACAGUCAGGAGGAUGUGGGCGAGAACCAGAUCCAGAACAACUGCAUUCAGAAGAUUAGAGAGCAACUCAGAGAAGCUAUGCCAAGAAAGGAGAAGGAAGAACUGCAGCAACAGAACGGAAGUUCUCCUUGCAAGGAAGACAAACCCGAGCAGGUCGAACCGGAGGCGGAGAGCGUCCAACCCUCCACAUCUACGGAGAACGAGGUCCCCGUUUCGGUGCUGAAGGGACUGAACGCCAUAAAACGAAUGAACCAAGCAGAUCCAGCUUCCAGGACGACAUCUUUGACUGACUGUCAAGCCACAAGGACAUUGCUUAAGGUGACAAAGCAGAGCGCGGUGGCCAAGUGGCGCAAGAAAAGCACAUCCUUGCGUGAAAAAAAGGUGACCAGGACCAUCAUGGCCAUCCUGGUGGCCUUUGUGGUGACGUGGACGCCGUACAACGUGAUGGUGCUGAUAAACACCUUCUGCUCCGUCUGCAUCCCAAACGCCCUGUGGACCAUCGGCUACUGGCUGUGCUACAUCAACAGCACCAUCAACCCAGCCUGCUAUGCCCUCUGCAACACCACCUUCAAAAACACCUUCAAGCACCUGCUGCUGUGUCAGUACAAGAACAUACGAACAGUCCGGUGAGGCUGCUAUUGAUGCAGACUCCGUACUCCAAACGUCCACUAAAUGCCAAAAUGUGUGCAUGUCUUUUGCAGUGGUACCUUGACUUACGAGUGCCCCAACGUUUUUGUUUUCUAGUUUAAUCUGGUUUAGGCCAAUAAAUGCGCAAUGUCUUUAGGUAUCCCACAGGGCUCAUUACCAGGGCCUCCUAUCAUUGUAUGGAAAUGUGCAAUGUAAAUACAAGAAUUGCUAUUCAAGUCUAACUAUAAUGAGCAAUUAUCUAGAUUAAGUAGAGCAGUAUCUUGUUUACAAGUGUCAUGAGUUUUUCUCUUGGUUAUUUUUAUUUGUGUUUGUUUAGCGAAACAAAAUUAGAGGUUGAAGUUGUCGCUUAAAUGAAGAAAAUAAAGUAUUAUAUUGUGGGAAAGGAGAGCCGCGAUCAGCGAGACACGUUCAGAUGUUGAAUGGGACAAACCGUUAAUUACAAAAAUGCAAAACAAUUAAUCGCAUUUCAUUUCAUUUUAAUGGGAUAAAAUUAUUUGAAAUGCAAGUACAGUGAAUAAGGACCUUGGUCAAAGAACGAAUUAAACUCUUAAGGCAAGGUUCCACUAUAUUUCCCAAUCUAUUGCAACACUACCAUUAAUAAGACCAGGCUACAUUUGUGUACUUUAUUGGCAACCUCCAAUUUUCGCAAUGUGUCGUGUCGAGCAGGAUGCACAUGUAAACAUUUUUCUAAAAUGUGUGUGCUCCAUACAUACAUAACAAGGAAUAAGUCAUCAUGUGCUUGCUGCUAGGGGCCAAAUUAUUAUGAACUAUUUUUUCUAAAUGAUUGUAUUAAUAGUUUAAACUAUAAAUGUAGUUUCAAUCCAUGAUCCCAAAACAAUUUAAUAUCAUUUCAGACUCAUCUAAUUAAAACUAAAAAUGAAUACAGAUGAGUUCCAAAAAAGAAAAUUACAAUCCAAGAACUGUCUCUCGGUUGCCACUCUGAAAUACUUAUUUGACACCAAUUACUUCUUUCCAAUUACUACUUUGCAAUUUAGACUGGGAAUUUGUCAACAUCCACCUGUAUCUUAGGGCAUUACAAGCAAGUGCAACAAUAAAAUGAAAAAAUAAUCAUUGUUUUUAAACACACUUAAACUUGUUAAACCUGUCUACAAAGUUGCAAUGUCCUCCAGCAAGAAUCCAAUACCCCACACUGCUCUCCGGCAGUUAAGCAGCCCUCUGCUUCAGUGUGUACUCGCUGGAAUGGGUCAAAUGCAGAGGUUGAAUUUUAUGUCGGAACAGUUACUGCUGAGCUUAGUUGGGGACCUUCUCUGCCUUUUGCUCUUAAUUACAUUGUAUAUUUUCUAAUAGUGCUGCCUGCUAUGUAGCACAACAGAACACAGCCCUGAAAAUGUGCAACUCUAUCAUGAUAAUAAUAAUAAAUAAUAAUAAUAAUAAUAGUGGGGGUGACACUAUUUUACUCAUUAUGCGUCAAGUAUAUGGAAAUCACCAUAAACUAUGGAGUAGAACACAGUGUGUUGGUGAAAUGUUUCAUUGUGUGUGUGUGUGUGUGUGUUCAUGUUUCCUCGAUGUCGAGUGCAGAUAGUAAACGAGUCCAAAUACAUUUACAGUAUUAACACCUGUAUUAGUUGCUUCCUCAAUUGAUGUUAUUGUAAAACGUGUAUCUUACUAUAAAUCGUGGCAUGAAAAUAAAUAUUGUGACAUGUUGAAA